UACUUAUGGUUCAUACGAAACGUUACUGUUCAUGUUUAAGUCUAAGGCUGAGGGGAAAACGCUUCACGAGUCAUAUGUGGAAUAUUAAAAUCGGCAGCAACAAACGGCCCCCCGACUGUGUUAAAGAGGAUGAUUGGUGACUUUCCUACGCUUCAGACAGUUGUCAUACGCGAACGAUACAUUUGAACAGCACGACGCCGUCCUUACGUAACGAGUGAAGGCGGGAUUUCCGGCUUCGACCAGUUACGUCAUCACACCGCGACUGUCGAAUGGUUACAUCGAAAGAUCCUUUGAAGAUCAAAUUUUUAUGGCGUUCUGGUUAAAUUACGUUGGCGCGCUUUUGUCUGCAGCACAUAUCGUUUUGUUUGCUGUUAUUCCCUCUCGCGGACCUUCUGUUUCCAGUUAGUAUGGGCCCUGACUCCGUAUUUGUGUCGCAGUAGUAGUAGGCGUAGUCCCAAAAAGUGAAGUAAAAUAGACCUCGCCGGCCUGGGCCGUAGCUCCUACUAAUUCGCUGAAACGUUGCAUUCCGUUUACCUUACGUGGGGAAAACAUAUUUAUUGUUUUCCCUUUGCAUUAUCUCUCGGGAUGAAUUAAACCGUGAACUUGAGGUUUAGUAGUAGGCGGGUGUGCCGAUGCUGAAUUAAUGUUAAACCAUUGUUUAGCUUAUGUAAACAUGUGUUUAUGCAGUGGCUCGCGGUGAUAUUAUUAUCCAUUUCGGUGUAGAACAUGUUGUCUGUUUAUCUGAGGGGGGCGCUGUGCCGUGCUGUGUCCAUGCUGGUCCCUCAUCAUGCCCCCCUGGGAAACUGGAGACACCUGGACAACACAGUCCAUUUCCAGUGCUGGGCCCACAAGGCCCUGACUGGGACUGGGGGGCUGUGGGGGGUGGCUGCAUUCACCUCGAGCCCUGGGUCGACAGAGGGGGCAUCUGGCAGGCAGAGGAAGGACCCCCAGGCACGUAGCACUGUGGGAAGUGUCGGGCGCAGGAUUCAUCAGCGCCACCUGCAGGUGAUCGGUGUGUCGGGAGAGGACCUGGGCACCAUGCACCGCGCUGAUGUCAUUAGGCUCAUGGACCAGGAAGGCCUCAAACUGGUACCCGUUAACCUGAGCCAGGAACCACCGAUCUACAGGCUGAUGACGGGGAAGCAGAUCCACGAGGAGCAGCUGAAACUACGGGAAAAACAGAAGAAUAAGGCAGGACCAGUGCUGUUGAAGGAGCUGACCCUCUUCACUGACAUCGGCCCCCACGACCUGCACACAAAGCUGCGGCAGGUGCAGAGCUGGCUUGAGCGGAGGCACCACGUGAGAGUGACGCUGAAAAAGGGGAGCAGACAGGGGACAAAUUCACUGGAUGAGGAACUGGAGAGAAUCGUUCAGGGUUUGCCAGAGGCCUUCAGCUUCAUCUCGAAGCCCCAGCUCAUCCGGGACGGCAAGGCAGCAUUUUGUAUCCUGCGCACCGCUUCCGAGAAGAGCUCGCAACAGCUUAGAACAACGAAGAAAAACAGUCUAAACGCUGGAACCUCUGGGAGUCAACCCCGUGAUGAGGACCACCCCCUAGAGGGACAGGUCACAUCCCCCGAACAAUGACCUUUUCCUAAUAAAGUGUAUAAAACUAAAGUGUGCAAAACCAAAAGUGUCUGUCUAAAUCCUGAGCACUAGAGCACCACAGACAUGUGUACCAACCUGGUGGAGAUGUCUCAGCUGCAUUUGAGAAGUUCUGUAAUAGAGCAGUUAAGUGCCUGGACAAGUCUGCUAUUGGGUGGUUUUCACUUCUGCUUCCUGGAGCUCGUGUUGGCCACUGAGCCAUACAGAGUGAAAGCAUUUCAAAAGAGAGACAUCAAACCAAGUGCUUGUUUGCAGGAGUUCUUGUGUGUGCAAGGCACCAAACGACACUGAGUCUGCUAGUCAGGAAAGCAUCCAAGCAGUUACAUACUCCAAUAAAUAUCAGGAUUAAUAUGAUGGUGUCAGGGCUACUGGCUGUAGCUCCAGCAUCUUAGUCUAGCACACCUGAAUAGGGAAUUUCCAUAAUACACAUUUCAUAAAAAAUAUCUUGCCUUUUUUUUGUUAUUUUAAAUGCUUCAGUUUCUUUAAAAAUCAGUUUGCUUUUACUGCAAUAUUGGCUUUCAGAAGUCCUUGUUGCUUUAUGCUGUCUUUAUAAAGGUGUACUCUAAGGGAUUAAAAGGGCUAUCCUAAGCAUAACAUGUUUUCGAAUAAGCGAAUAUCGAAGAGAUUGUGCACAUUGAUGGUGUACAUGGUUGUGAUGUAUGAGAAACUGCUUGGCACUAUUAUGUGGUAGUCAGUAAGUUCUAAAACUGGCCACUGUGUGGUGCUGCUGUGCUUGCAAGUCAUUGGUGCAUGUGAUGCAGAGGUCAUUCUUCGAGCUUACUGUCUCUACCUGUUGGGAGGCUGUGAGUAGUUUAAUGAGUCAUUCCUUUAGGAAGUCGUUCUUUUCAACUCCCCCUGGUGUCACAGGGUUGAGGGUCUGGACUGAAGAUGUCUCACUGUAUUUUUGUUCACAUCUUUGGAUAACUUCCUCAUUAAAGUGGUGCCUGUUAUCUACCUGUCAGUGAGCCACAACAUUAAAGAGUAUUUUGUGCUGUUGGUACCCCAAACAACCAGUCUCAGGAGGAAACCACAGCAAAGUCAGGUUGCUUUUCCUCUUUCUCCUGGCUCAUACCAGAUUGCUUGGUAUAAAAUUCAAACAAUUUUUGGAAAAACAGCACAGCCUGCAGAUGCUCAAAAUGUGUCUAAUCUUGUCUCAAUCAACACACGGGGAGCAAAAUAUGAACCCAAAAUAUUUACAGCGAGCAGUCAACGUCUUGAAAAGGUCUGCUUUGUGUAGGAGCGCCUCUGGGUGUUUAUGUGAAUAUUCGAGAAUCCAUAUGCUAAUGUCUAAGUUUGUGUAUUUGGGAACAUUCACUUGUUUGCUUGGAUGUGUGUAUGAGUUUGUAUUCCAGUGUUACGUUGUGGGUGUGUGUGAAUGUAAGCAUUUAUGUAUUUGUGUGUGUGUGCGUGUGUGUGUGUGUGUGUGCGUGCGUAAUACAGUAAUUGUGUUUCCUUCAGACCGCUGUCAGUACAUUGGCUCAGAGCCAGAUAGCUAUACAUUCUCCUGUUGUUAUGCAGAUGGGUUGCAGCUCUAAUAAAGGCUUCAUUAACUCUCUAUCGUCUCUCCACAGCAACAAUGUUUCUGUAACACUGUGUGUGUACUGUAUGUCUCCAAUGAAAAAUGUUGUGCAAAAAUCUCAUCUACUGUACAUCUUCUGUACAAAGUGUAUGGUAGGGCCAGAGGAAGGUAAAGCAAUCGGAACUGCUCAAAGUAGUGUAGUAAAGUUUAUGUAGUCAUCUAAAAUGUACUUGAGUAGAGUUUUUAAAAAAAAAAAAAAAAAACUUUGCUUCAAAUUUGGCUUUUUAAUUUCUUGAACCACUAGCAAUGUUAACUGCUUAAGUGCCCAGUUUUCAGUUACAAUAA